GGUCCAAAAAAUUGAAGAAGAAAAUAAUUAAAAAAACAAAAAUAAAAAAAAUGUCUUAAUCAACGAUUUAAGUGAAGAAGAUUAAAAAUUAAAAGAUAACAUUGAAUAAUGGGUUUAGAAAAUUCAGAAUAAAGAUACUUAAAUAUCUUUAUUAGCUUUAUAACAAUUAAGAGAAGAAGUAAGAAAAUCUACUUCUUCGAUGACAUCAGUUCCAAAACCUUUAAAAUUUUUAAAAGAUCAUUACGAAUAAUUAGUUGAUUAUUACGAAAAAACAAAUGAAUCUGAAUUUAAAAAAUAAUAUGCAGAUUUUCUAUCUGUAAUAUCAAUGACAAUGACAGAAAAAGGAAAAUAAUUAUCACUUAAGUAUAUUUAAGAAGGAACUUUAAACGAUUUAAACAAUUGGGGUUUUGAAUAUUUAAACCAUUUAUCAGCAGACAUAGUUUAAAAAUACUAAUAAAGACUUGAAAAAAAUGAAAAUGUUAUGGAUUUAAUAAAUUUAGUUAUGUAAAUAGUACCUUAUUUUAUAUAAAAUAAUGCUGAACAUGAUGCUAUUGAUCUUUUAAUGGAAGUAGAUAAACUAGAACAAUUAUAAACUUAUGUUAAUAAAGAAAAUUUUGAAAGAAUUUCUUUGUAUUUGUAAUAAUGUUCUUAAUAUUGUGCUGAUUUCGAAGAAAUGGAAAAAACUUUAAAUGUAAAUUACACAAUUUCUAUUAGCUUAAAAUUAUAUAUUAAUGCUUUACGAAUUGCCAUUCGUUUAGAUAACUAAGAUAAAAUUGAAAAAAUUUUUAAAGAAUGUCAAGAUGACUUAACAAGAAAAUAAUUAUGUUUUAUGGUAGCUCGUUAAAGAAUUAUAUUACCUAAUUUAGACGAAUAACUAACAUAAAUAGCAUCUAAUUCCUUUUUAACGGACUUUUAUAUGCGUUUGGCUAAAGAGUUAGAUGUCUUAGAUCCUAAAACACCUGAUCAGAUAUAUAAAUCACAUUUAGAAGAUUAAAAGUAAAACUAAAUAGAAUCUGCAAAAGCAAAUUUAGCUGAUACUUACGUGAAUGCAUUUGUACAUUUAGGUUGUAAAAAAGAUGCUUUGAUGAUAAAAGAAUUAAGUUAAAAAGAUUCUGCAUGGAUAUAUUAAGUCAAAGGUACAGGACUUACUGCUGCCACAGCAUCAUUAGGAGUCAUAAAUAUGUGGGAUGCUGAAAAAGGAAACGAUCACAUGUCUGAAUAUCUUAAUAUGUCGGAUGGAUAUGGAAAAAUGGGGGCUUUAAUAGGAAUAGGAUUGUUUUCAAGCGGAGUUAUAAAUGAAGAUGAUGUAGCAAAAGCUUUAUUAGAGGCGGAGUUAGAAAAUAAAGAUGAAUAUACAAAAUUAGGUGCUGUUAUUGGAUUGGGAUUAGCUUAUGCAGGUAGUGGAAGAGAAGAUUUAUAAGAAUUGCUUUUACCAAUUUUAAUUGAUAAUAAUAAUAAAUUAUAGCUAAAUGCUUUUGCUGCACUUAGUUUAGGACUUAUUCACGUAGGAAAGUGUAAUGAAGAUAUUAGUUAAGCUAUUGUUUAAGUUCUAUAUGAAUAUUCUUAAAGUACUCCUAAAGUACUUGAAUCAUAUCUUACAAAAUAUUUUGCAGUAGCUAUGGGAUUACUUUAUUUAGGAUAAUAAAGUAGAUCAGAUACAGCUAUUGAAUGUUUAGGAAUUAUUGAACAUGAUAUUUCUAAAUUCUGUUAGAUAGUUAUUGAAGGAUGUGCCUAUGCUGGAAGUGGAAAUGUUCUUAAAGUUUAAAAAAUGUUACAUCAUUGUUUAGAUAAAGUUGAAGAAGAUAAAUCUGCUUAUUAAUAAGCUGCAGUUAUUUCUCUUGCUUUAAUUAGUUCAAGUGAAAAUGUCGGAAAUGAAAUGGCAAUGAGACAUAUGAAUAAUAUUUUGUAAUAUUGCGAACUGCAUGUAAAAAGAGCAGUUCCUUUAGCAUUAGCUAUAUUGAAUGUAUCUAAUCCUAAAAUUAAUGUUAUGGAUUUACUUAUUAAAUUUAGUCAUGAUGAUGAUGCUGAGCUUAAUUAAAGAGCAAUUUUUGCUAUGGGAAUGGUUAGUGCUGGUACUAAUAAUUCUAGAAUGGCUGAUAGUUUAAGAAAUUUAUCAUCAUAUUAUAUGAAAGAAAGUAAUGGUAAAUUCUUUGUAAGACUUGCUUAAGGAUUAUUAUAUAUGGGAAAGGGUAUGGUUAGUUUAUAACCUUAUUAUUCUGAUAGAUUUUUAUUAAAUAAAGUUGGGUUAGCCGGAAUUAUUACUACUGUUUUUUCAUUUAUGGAUACUAAAAAUAUAAUUUUAGGCGAUUAUCAUUAUACUAUGUAUUAUUUAACACUUGCAGCUUAUCCAAGAAUGUUAUUUACACUUAAUGAAAACAAUGAAAACAUAACAAUUAAUAUUAGAGUCGGUUAAUCUGUAGACACUGUAGGAUAAGCAGGAAAACCUAAAAAAAUUACUGGAUUUUAAACACAUACUUCUCCAGUUUUAAUUAGUGCAGGAGAGAGAGCUGAGUUAGCUGAUGAUGAAUAUAUUCCUAUAGAAUAAACUGUUUUAGAAAACUUUAUUGUGCUAAAAAAAAACCCAGAUUAUGUUCCUGAAGAUGAAAAAAAUAAAAGAAAAUAAUGAUAAAAACUAUAUAUAUAAAUAUAUAAAAUUAUGCACUUUUUUUUUAUAAUUCGAAAAAUAAAUAAAACAAAAAAAUAUAAUAAAACAAAAAAAUUUUAAUUGUUUUUAUA